UUGCGUUUUGGAUCAUCUUCAUGCGUCAUGCUAUUAACAAUCGCGUUUUCUGCCUAAAUACUUGCGGGCUUCCGUCUCUUCCUUGCUGCUGGCAUUUGGCACCAAACAGCCGUUGAAUCGCAGCGUUAAUUUCUGUGAGUUAUAACAUUUCUGGAUCCAGAAAAUGAGCCGAAAUUACAACGAUGAGCUGCAGUACCUGGAAAAAAUCAACAGUAACUGCUGGAGGAUUAAAAAGGGGUUUGUUCCCAACAUGAAGGUCGAAGGGAUUUUCUAUGUGAAUGACUCUCUGGAGAAACUGAUGUUUGAGGAGCUUCGUAACGCCUGCCGAGGAGGAGGCGUGGGUGGUUUCCUUCCAGCCAUGAAACAAAUUGGCAAUGUGGCAGCACUGCCUGGAAUUAUACACAGGUCCAUCGGGCUCCCAGACGUCCACUCUGGAUAUGGAUUUGCUAUCGGAAACAUGGCAGCCUUCGACAUGAACGACCCUGAAGCUGUGGUGUCUCCAGGUGGGGUGGGAUUCGACAUCAACUGUGGUGUCCGUCUGCUGAGGACAAACCUGGAUGAGCGGGAUGUUCAGCCAGUGAAGGAGCAGCUGGCCCAGUCUCUGUUCGACCACAUCCCAGUGGGAGUCGGGUCCAAGGGAGUCAUCCCCAUGGGAGCCAAGGACCUGGAGGAGGCUUUGGAGAUGGGUGUGGACUGGUCUCUGAGGGAGGGCUAUGCCUGGGCCGAGGACAAGGAGCACUGCGAGGAGUACGGCAGGAUGCUGCAGGCCGACCCCAACAAAGUCUCCUCCAAGGCCAAGAAGAGAGGGCUGCCACAGCUGGGGACUCUGGGAGCAGGAAACCACUACGCUGAGAUCCAGGUGGUGGAUGAGAUCUACAAUGACUACGCCGCCAAGAAGAUGGGUAUCGACCACAAAGGCCAGGUGUGCGUGAUGAUCCACAGCGGCAGCAGAGGCCUGGGACACCAGGUGGCCACAGAUGCUCUGGUUGCCAUGGAGAAGGCGAUGAAGCGGGAUAAGAUCACGGUGAAUGACCGACAGCUGGCCUGUGCUCGUAUCACCUCAGAGGAAGGCCAGGACUACCUGAAGGGCAUGGCUGCUGCAGGAAACUACGCCUGGGUCAACCGUUCAUCGAUGACCUUCCUCACCAGACAGGCCUUUUCUAAAGUGUUUGGCACCACGCCGGAUGACCUGGACAUGCACGUCAUCUACGACGUUUCGCACAACAUUGCUAAAGUGGAAGAGCACAUGGUGGAUGGGAAACAGAAGACUCUGCUGGUCCACCGCAAAGGAUCCACCCGAGCCUUCCCCCCGCACCACCCCCUCAUCCCUGUAGACUACCAGCUCACGGGUCAGCCGGUGUUGAUCGGAGGGACGAUGGGCACCUGCAGUUACGUCCUCACAGGGACCGAACAAGGAAUGACAGAAACGUUCGGCACCACCUGUCAUGGAGCAGGUCGCGCUCUGUCUCGAGCAAAGUCCCGCAGGAAUCUGGACUUCCAGGACGUCUUGGACAAACUGGCUGACAUGGGCAUCGCCAUCCGAGUGGCUUCACCCAAACUGGUCAUGGAGGAGGCUCCUGAAUCAUACAAGAACGUGACAGAUGUGGUCAACACGUGUCACGACGCCGGGAUCAGCCAGAAGGCGAUCAAACUACGACCCAUCGCUGUGAUCAAAGGCUGAUGCUGCAGUUAGACAAUUUAGUGCAAAUCAAGGUUGUGGACUCAUGAUGCAGGAAUCUAAGUUCUUUUUCCUUUUGAAGUGAAUUUAUGUUGAGAAACUGCAGAGGAAACAGGAAACUGAAAAUCUGAUUUCUGACCUUUAAAAUGUUUAGUUUUUGCCAAAUAAAGAUCAUUUCAGAAAUGAAUUUAACCUAA